AUUCGCAACUGUUUUCAGCCAUCUUUGUGAGAAGUUGUGUUGUGUGGUCGUCGGAUUGUGAGCGACGGGUGGUGUUGUGUGGAUUGUUUUGUUUUAAGUUCGGUUUAAUAGAUCCUUGGGAGACAAGGGUUCCUAAUCACAAACAAAUAAAAUGUCUCUAAAACGGAUUAAUAAGGAGCUACAGGACCUGGGUCGGGACCCCCCAGCACAGUGCUCAGCGGGACCAGUAGGAGACGACUUGUUUCACUGGCAGGCGACUAUUAUGGGCCCGCCCGACAGUCCGUACCAGGGGGGCGUCUUCUUCCUCACAAUUCACUUCCCCACAGACUACCCCUUCAAACCGCCAAAGGUGGCGUUUACCACACGAAUCUACCACCCGAACAUCAACAGCAAUGGCAGCAUAUGUCUGGACAUUCUACGGUCGCAGUGGUCGCCAGCGCUGACCAUCUCAAAAGUGCUGCUGUCCAUCUGUUCCCUGCUGUGCGACCCGAACCCGGACGACCCCCUGGUGCCCGAGAUCGCCCGCAUCUACAAAACCGACCGAGACAAGUACAACGAGGUGGCCCGGGAGUGGACGCGCAAGUACGCCAUGUGAUAGCGGAACUGACCACCAGGGGCGCUGUCGGCGCCGCGCCGCCGCCACCGCCGCCUGGCGGCCGGCCGGCGCAGCUGCAGUGCGGUCGGUGGCCGCGGGGCGGCGCGCGGCCGGCCGCCGGGCCGUGUACUCUGUGUCGGCGUGUGCGGCGCGCGGCGACAUCUCACACCGUCGCCAUGGAAACGGGGCGCGGGCGUCCAACCAGCGUCGUGCUGCGGCGCGCGGCGCGAUUUGAUUGGCUGCCUCACAGUGUCGGUGCGGCAUUGGGGCGCAGCCGACCAAUGGGUGUCGCGCUGCGGCGCGCGGCGCGUUUUGAUUGGCUGUCCGGACGGAGCAAUGAAAGUGAUUCAGAUAAAUACACCGUAAUCCGUAUACACCACUCA